AUGGAAGCUUUAGAAACCAGUGCAGCUGGAGAAGUUUAUGAAAAGGUGAAGGAGUCCGCACUGCGGCUAGAGAGGAGUAUUAGCGAAUGCAAAAAUGCUACCAGGACGAAGCCUACGCAGCGGUUUAAGUCAAAGCGAGAACAGCGUAAGGAAGAAGGCCAAGGCCCCAACAAGUUUGAGUCAGAGGCAAACGUGGCAAGAAUGAAGGAAACAGCUGAGACAAGGAGUGGAGAAAAGAGCAGAAAGAGCACAGCAAAAGACCCACUAAAAUUGGACUGUGGCCUGCCAUCUCAAGAGAAAAGGACACCUAUCCACAUAGCAAACGAAAAGAUCAAAAGUGGAAACUACGAUUCUUGGCGCAACGGUAGAAGCACUCUUGGAUACAGGGUUGCAAGCGACAAUAAUUCCUUUAAUGCUGCUCAAAAAGGCUACAGAUUCACGAUUAAGACUCGAGAACUCCGUCGAGCGGACACUCCCUCAAAAGUUAAGUCUUUGAUACUCUCAGUGUACGUCAUCCCCAAUGGACAGGAGGAAUCAAUUCCUGUGUACGUUGGUAAGGGCUUCGAUGAAGUAGUAAUAUUAGGAACCAACGCACUAGAACGCUUUAACAUGAAGUUAGUUCAAGGAUGUAGUAGAAAACGGACACAGCAGUCAAAUAAGCUCAUCUCUAGUAGCGAAAGCGAGAACGAUGAAACGAGGGCGGAGGUUAAACUGGGAAUCUCCAUUCCAAAGAAACUUCUUUCGAUAGCGCUCACGGAUAAAGCGAAGAAACUAAUGUUUGAAGUCUACGAUUUCCUCGUCGUAACGGAUUCAGAGUUGACUCAGACCGACCUCGUGGUCCAGGAAAUCGACAAUGGAGAGCAUAGACCUUUAAAACGAAAGAAUAGGCCAGUUUCAGUAGCAGCGCGCAAAAGACUGAUAAAGGAUUUGGUGAAGUGUGGCAUAGUUGAGCGAAGUUCGUCUGAAUGGUCUUCACCUUUAAUGCUGGGAAAGCGCUUUCAA